AUGGAGGGAUAUGAUGUACCUCGCCAAAAUAUUACUGUCUACUGCAAUGAUGAAAAUGCAAAUAAAUUGGUGAAGACCAUGCUACUAAGCAUUAUAGACCUGGCUGUAGUGCUUGGUAACAGCCUAGUGAUAGCCGCCGUGUUUACAACACGGAAACUAAGGACGGUAACAAACAUUUACAUUGUCUCGCUAGCGUGUGCGGACCUAUUACUCGGGUUUGCGGUGUUGCCGUUCUCAAUCUCGGUGGAAGUCGACGUGUGGUUGUGGGGCCAGGUUUGGUGCAGCAUGUGGCUGGCCAUCGAUGUCUGGUUGUGCACUGCCUCCAUCUUCAGCCUCUGUGCAAUCAGCUUUGACCGCUUUAUCGCUGUGACUCAUCCAAUCAGGUACCCAACCAUCAUGUCGCCGUCACGUGGUAGAUGGCUUGUCGCCUCUGUUUGGGUUUUGUCAUUUGUAGUAUGCUUGCCGCCUCUGCUCGGUUGGACUGAUAGCGCACUUAACAGCCCUUCCUCGUCCCUUCUCAAUGAGUUGAAUAUGACUUGUGAACUAACAACAACUACUGGAUACAGAAUUUACGCCGCACUGUGCUCGUUCUUCAUACCUAUGCUUGUCAUGGUAUUUUUCUACGUAAGAAUAUAUCUAACGGCCGUACGAACUGCAGCUUCAAUUCGCAAAGGCGUUCUAAAGACAAAGAUUAGCAAUGAUAUUUCACAGCCGAAUGGAUACGGAGAAGAUGAAAUUCAUCUACGGGUUCAUCGAGGGGGCAGCACCUCAUCACGCAAAUCAGCGAAACAUUGUGACUUACGAGCUAGCUUGAUACAGCUCUUCAACGACCAAGUCUGUCUUCACACGACCAGGCGCUGGAACGACCAUGACUCAAACCCCGCGAGCCUAUGUUUCUACGACCAUAUCUCCAAUCUCGCAACCAAGCGCUCCAACAACAACGUCUCUCAUCACACGACUCAGCGUUUCAACAACCAUGACUCAAUUCCAGCGACCUAG